CACCCGUACCGCCGGUAUCUCGACGCCCUAUUGCCCAUUGCUAUGCAGCCCUUGUUAGAGCUCGCGACGCUGCUUCGUGUAACCGUUUGCAGUGGAGCUGGGAGGCAGCCUAAGAAAACGUCUCUUGUCACUUCAUCGCCUCCGGAGGGGAAGCGUGGGAAAAAUAAACAUACUAUUAGUAGAGUGAAAAUUCACCAUUUUAUUAUUAGCAACCCAUUUGUCUGCUUUCAAAGAGAGCCUCUUAUCGCUUGGCGAAAGAGCAACCGGAGUCGGCUGGAAACCGAGCGACUUGUCAAAACUGAGUCGGCCUGGACACCGGCUUGA